UCUACAUUCGUCCAAGCCGGCGAUCUGUCCUAUAAUAUUAUAUUUUGAAUUCGGUUACAUAUGCGUGCGACAAAAAUGUUUACAACAAUUAUUAAUAAAUAGUUAAAAAAAAAAAAAACUGGACAACGUUAUUAUCAGAAGACCGUUACGGUCGGAAUAAUUUUGUUCGACGGACUUGGACGAUUAUAUCUAUCCGUAAACAUAUUUUUAUUGUUCACCUUUUAAAUUUUUCAUUUGCGAUCAGUUUUAAUCACAAAAAAAAUAGAACACAACAAAAUGAUAAACAAAGGAGUCUUGAGACAAUUUUUGGCCGCAACUGCAGGGUCACUGUCCAUAAUGAACGUGGGCAUCAUACUCGGGUGGACGUCACCGAUCAUGAAAGAACUGCUGGGACCAGACAGCCCGAUCCCGAUGACGGUAGACGAAAGCUCGUGGUUCGUAUCAGUCAUCGACUGGGGCCUGAUUUUGGGGUCGUUGCCGUUCGGUGUGCUGGCCGACCGGUGGGGCCGCAAGCCCAGCCUACAGAUCAUCGGACCAAUGGCGCUAGCCACGUGGGUGGCUUUGCUGUACGUCGACUCGUUUCAGGGGCUGUUGGCCGUGCGGUUCACACAGGGCCUGCUGGCGGCCGGUGCGUACACAGUGCUGCCGGUGUACGCGGGUGAGAUCGCCGGGCCGAAGAUCAGAGGCGCCCUGGGCACGAUGUUCCAGAUAAUGAUGUACGUGGGCAUACUGUACGUGUACGCGGCCGGCAUGUACCUAGACUACAGGCGACUCACGUACGCCGCGAUGGCGGGCCCAGUGGUGUUCUGCGCACUGUUCGCUACCAUACCCGAGUCCCCGCACUUUUACGUGAUGAAGAACCGGCUGGCAGACGCCAAACGGGCGCUGGUCUGGCUGCGCGGCGACGACACCGGCAGUACGGUGGACGAUGAGAUGGACGCCGUGGUCGAGUGCAUAUGCAAGGAAAUGCGCAACGCGUCCUUCACCAAGCUGUUCACCGACUGGGUGAGCCUCAAAGCGCUUAUCAUCGUGCAGGGCCUGUCCGUGUUCCGGGUGAUGGCCGGCGUCACCGCGCUCAUAUCGUAUGCGUCCAUCACGUUCGCCGAGAUGCACGUGGCCGUCAACGCCAACAAGCUGUCGCUGGUGUUCGCCUGCUCGGUGCUGUUCUCGGCGCUGCCGUCCACCGUGCUGGCUGACCGAGUGGGCCGUCGGCCGCUGAUGAUUGUGUCGUGCGCUUCGUGCUUUGUGUUCGACACGGCCAUAUUCGCGUACUUUUACGUGGACAGGUGCACCACGUACGACGUGACCGAUUACGGGUGGUUGUGCGUGUUGGCCGUCGGCGGGCUGUCCGUCGCGCACACGCUCGGCCUUGGCUCGCUGCUGUCCACCAUCAACUGCGAGCUGUUCCCGUCCAACACCCGGUCCAUAGCCAACGCGGUCAACACUAUCACGCUGACUGUCGCGUCGUUCCUGGCCCUCAAGAUUUACCCCGUGCUGGCCGACGACGGUGGCAUGUACCGCAACUAUCUGAUAUCGUCGCUGUUCAGCCUCACGUCCAUAAUCAGCUGCUUGCUGUGGCUUCCCGAGACCAAGGGCAAGACGUUUGCAGCCAUACAGGCCCAGCUCAGGAAGACGGACGAUUUGGUCUGAACUUUGGCCCGCGCAAUCGAGUUCAACCGCUGCUGGUGGAGGUGGUGGAGGUGGAUGUGGGUGCGUGGCGAUAACCCGCAGUCGGUUCGAACGAGUACGGGUCAAGCGCACCCGCACAAUAUUUUUACGACUUUCCGCUUGCGUCGAGUGUGUAGAACGUUAUACAUACAUAUUAUAUAAAAUAUAUUAUAUAUAUAUAUAUAUAUUAGUCACAGUGGGACGAUCUGCCGCAGGAAAAGGACUCGCUCUGAGUUUAUAUUUUUGCAACGGCCGCGACGGGUGCAUAUUUGCCCGAAAAUAAUGCAGUCGUCGUUUGUUAGAAAUUUGUUUCGUUUAUUUGUCAUUAAAACUCAAUGGGUAAGUGGGAUUUUUUUGUUGAAGCACUGCAGCUGUGGUACAAACGAAGUAUUCCAGUUAUCAAAAAAGUCAACAUAGAUUGUAAACAAUUAUUUUUCUCUAAUAUACUAUAUCAUUGUUUAUAGUUGCUAAUAUUUUACACGUGUGUACUGUAUAUUUUUUAAAUAGCGAUAAAAAAAUUAUGUAAAUAUACCUAUAUAGACACUUUAAUGAUAAUAUUGUAAAUAAUACGAUGUUGGUAUAUCAUUCGAUUUUUCUUUAUUUUGAAUAUUGAAUGUACAUUAUAUAUACAUCCAAGUAAAUAGCCUGUUUGUACUAUAAUUUGAAGUAAAAACUUUUUACAUAAA